AUGCAGCAGCAAGAUAUGGAGAAGAAGAUCCCAAAAGAGACUGAGUUUUUCACCGAGUAUGGAGAGGCCAACAGGUACAAAAUCCUGGAAAUUAUUGGAAAGGGUAGCUAUGGAGUUGUUUGUGCUGCCCUUGACACACAAACUGGGGAGAAAGUGGCAAUAAAGAAAAUAACUGAUAUUUUUGAGCAUAUCUCUGAUGCUAUUCGGAUUUUGCGAGAGAUUAAAUUGCUUCGUCUUUUGAGGCAUCCUGAUAUAGUUGAAAUUAAGCGGAUUAUGAUGCCACCCACUAGGCGUGACUUCAGAGACAUCUAUGUUGUUUUUGAGCUUAUGGAAUCAGACCUUCAUCAAGUCAUAAAAGCUAAUGAUGACUUGACACAUGAGCAUCACCGGUUUUUCCUUUAUCAAAUGCUACGGGCACUGAAAUACAUGCACACAGCUAAUGUCUAUCAUAGAGACCUUAAGCCUAAGAAUAUAUUGGCUAAUGCGAACUGCAAGCUUAAAAUAUGUGAUUUUGGACUAGCAAGAGUGGCAUUUAGUGACACCCCAACGACGAUUUUUUGGACGGAUUAUGUUGCUACAAGAUGGUAUAGGGCUCCCGAGUUGUGUGGGUCCUUCUUUUCCAAGUAUACGCCUGCAAUUGACAUUUGGAGCGUAGGAUGUAUCUUUGCGGAGCUCUUGGCAGGGAAGCCGUUAUUUCCGGGUAAAAGUGUUGUGCAUCAACUGGACUUAAUUACUGAUCUUCUCGGUUCACCACCGACAGAUACAAUAUCAGGAGUGAGGAAUGAGAAGGCGAGGAAGUAUUUAAUGGACAUGCGGAAAAAGCGUCCAGUGCCUUUUGCCGAGAAAUUUCCAAAUUCCGAUCUUUCGGCUCUCAAACUAUUGCAAAGGUUGUUGGCAUUUGAUCCAAAGGAUCGUCCAAGUGCAGAAGAGGCAUUGGCCGAUCCUUACUUCAAAGGUCUGUCUAAGAUCGAACGAGAGCCUUCUUGUCAAGCAAUCUCAAAGUUAGAAUUUGAGUUUGAACGGCGUAGAGUGACAAAAGAAGAUAUCAGGGAAUUGAUAUUCCGGGAAAUUUUGGAGUACCAUCCUCAGUUGUUGAAGGACUACAUGGCAAGAAACGGUGGCACGAGUUUUCUGUACCCCAGUGCCAUUGGACACUUUAAGACGCAAUUUGCCUACCUGGAGGAAAAUGCUGGGAAAAGUGGGCCUGUGAUACCUCCUGAGAGAAAGCACGUUUCUCUUCCAAGAUCUACGGUAAAUUCUAAUACCAUUCCACCCAAAGCACAACUGUAUGCCUCUGCAUUUGAUAAUAACCGUAAAGCUAUAGCCGAAGCACCAAGCGUACUCGGAGCUCCAGACUCACUUUCCUGUAAUAUGCCAAAUGUUUCACGCCCACCACUGCGCGCACCAAACGCCAAGCCAGGCAGGGUUGUGGGACCAAUUUUACCGUAUGAAAACGUCCGGAAAGUGAAUGACUCAUCGCCUUAUGAUGGAGGACUAUACGUUCUCCCUUCUCAAUCCAUAUCUCCUCAGUGUUACUUCCGAACAAGAUCGGGAGUGAAUCAAAAUAAUUCCCGGACGAGUACAUCUCAAGCCCAACUGCCAGCCAACCAGCAGCAAUACACGACCCAGCAAGCUAAAUCAAUAAGUGGCGGCAAGUUUAUCGACCGUAACAGCAACCCUUAUUGCCAACCGCAUUCUAAAGCAGCUGUUGAGGGUAUUAUGAAUUUGAAUGGUCAUAUUGCAAUCGAUGCCAAAUUGUUGCAGGCCCAGACUCAGUUUGUUGUGGCGGGCCAUCGGGAAGUUGGGGCCGUGCAGAUUGGGCUGACUUAA